UUGACAGGCAGACGAGCAAGCUUGGUUGCAAUCAAAAAUUUGUACAAAUAUUUCUUUUCGGUAAAAUUCUUUUGUCCAAAUUAUUAGGUAGUUUGUGAAAUGUCAGACAACGAAGAUGAUUUUAUGUGCGAUGAUGAAGAAGAUUACGGUUUAGAAUAUUCGGAGGAUAGUAACUCUGAACCGGACGUGGAUUUAGAAAAUCAGUACUAUAACAGCAAAGCACUAAAAGAGGAUGAACCUACAGCAGCAUUAGCUUCCUUUCAAAAAGUUUUAGAUCUAGAAAGUGGAGAAAAAGGAGAAUGGGGAUUCAAGGCCUUAAAACAAAUGAUAAAAAUAAAUUUUAAAUUAGGAAAUUUUGAAGAAAUGAUGACUAGAUACAAACAACUUCUUACUUAUAUAAAAAGUGCUGUAACAAGAAAUCAUAGUGAAAAAUCUAUUAACUCAAUUCUUGAUUAUAUUUCUACAUCACGAAAUAUGGAAUUAUUACAAAAUUUCUACGAGACAACUUUAGAAGCUUUAAAAGAUGCAAAAAAUGACAGGUUAUGGUUUAAAACUAAUACAAAACUAGGAAAACUAUAUUACGAUCGAGGAGACUUUAACAAACUAGCUAAAAUAUUAAAACAAUUACAUCAGUCCUGUCAAACUGAUGAUGGUGAGGAUGAUUUAAAGAAAGGUACUCAGUUACUUGAAAUAUACGCGCUGGAGAUUCAAAUGUAUACUGCCCAGAAAAACAAUAAGAAAUUGAAGACUUUAUAUGAACAAUCAUUGCAUAUUAAAUCUGCUAUCCCACAUCCUCUUAUUAUGGGGGUUAUAAGAGAAUGUGGAGGUAAAAUGCACUUGCGAGAAGGGGAGUUUGAGAAAGCCCACACGGAUUUCUUUGAGGCAUUCAAAAAUUACGAUGAAUCUGGUAGUCCUAGACGCACCACCUGUCUUAAAUACUUAGUCCUAGCAAAUAUGUUAAUGAAAUCUGGAAUAAAUCCCUUUGAUUCUCAGGAAGCGAAACCUUACAAAAACGAUCCAGAAAUUUUGGCAAUGACGAAUCUAGUCAAUGCGUACCAAAAUAACGAUAUAAAUGAAUUUGAAUUUAUUUUAAAACAGAAUAGGCAGAAUAUUAUGGAUGACCCGUUUAUCCGGGAACAUAUUGAGGAUCUCUUAAGGAACAUCAGAACCCAAGUACUGAUUACAUUAAUAAAACCUUACACUAGAAUACAAAUACCUUUUAUUUCGACAGAACUGAAUAUCGAUGUCUCUGAAGUUGAAAGUUUGUUAGUCUCUUGUAUAUUAGAUAAUACAAUUCAAGGGCGAAUAGAUCAAGUAAACCAAGUGUUGUUCUUGGAAAGAGCAACCGUAAACACUGCAAGAUAUAACGCUUUAGAUAGAUGGGCAAAUCAGUUAAAUACGUUACAUUCGUCUAUUAUAAAUAAAAUGGCGUAAACACGAUAAUUAAAAUAUUGUAAAGAAGUGAUAGCGCUUUGCGCCUCUUUUAUUGAAUUUUAAGGAAAUUACAUUGAAUCAUGAUUGUUGUAAUAAGUUUUCUUCUUUUUUGUAGAUUCAUUAAUUUAUUAGAUUUGUUUUAUUGUAUGUAUAAUAAACAAUUAUGCAAUUCAGUUUUUCUAAUUGUUAACAUUUUCUAAUAAAUAGGAAUUAAUUAUA